UUGGGCCUGGAUAGCUUUCUUUGUGACCGUGAAUCCACCACAGCCUUUAGAAUUUGAAGAAGUGGGAUGAAAUUUGGCCUGCUGACACUGACUUCUUCAAAAACCAAAAGUAGAAUUAAAAAAAUAUGAGGAUAAAAUACAUUAAAAUGACAUUUGAAGCUGUAGAUUCAUCAGUCAUAUUCACAGCCAUCAAUUAAUGAAUACCUUGUUAGAUCUCACUAUUCCAUAAAUGCAGAGUAAAUAGAGAGAGAAAGAGAAUCUAGGAGAAAAGAGCUAAAGAGAGAUACAAACAUGUCACGGCGAUCAGGUACUUGCUUUAGGUUAUGCCUAGUAACAUUUGCAGUAGUUUCAGCAUUGGUAGUGUGUGGACCUGCUCUUUAUUGGAGAUUCAAGAAAACUCUCAGAUUGGGUGAUUCCAAAUCCUCUUGUCCUCCUUGCAUCUGUGAUUGCCCUCCUCCUCUUUCCCUUCUCAAGAUUGUCCCUGGGUUGGCCAAUCUCUCAGUCACAGAUUGUGGAAGCAAUGACCCUGAUCUCAAGCAAGAGAUGGAGAAGCAAUUUGUGGACCUUUUGACAGAGGAGUUGAAGUUGCAGGAGGCUGUUGCUGAAGAGCAUGCUCGCCACAUGAACAUCACCAUUGGUGAAGCAAAAAGGGUGGCUUCCCAGUACCAAAGGGAGGCAGAAAAAUGUAUUGCAGCCACAGAGACCUGUGAGGAGGCCAGAGAGCGGGCCGAGGCCUUGCUGAUCAAGGAGAGGAAAGUUACAACAUUAUGGGAGCAAAGAGCUCGACAAAUGGGUUGGGAAGGGGAAUAAUUGUUUGUAUAAUUCAUUUAAAUAUCAUAGUGUAGAAAUUGAAGCAUUCCCCCUUGAUAUUUAUUCAAGCAGGCGAGUAAAGUUGCUUGAGUUUCUUGUUAGGGCAAAAGGCCCCUCAAUCUCUCCCUCCCUCCAUUUUUAGUUGCAUUAAUGCCUUACAUAAUUUUAAGUAUCUAAAGAAUUUUCACCUUUAACUGUCAACUGUGUGAACCUCUUACUAUAAUGUCAUCUCUAUUUCUUCGCUUGAAGCAAAGUUAUAAA